AUGGUGGCAGCCUCUUUCUCCCCCGAUAAGUACACCUUCUCCUUCGUGCUCAAGGCCUGCACUAGAGCUGGUCUGGUGCAGAAGUGCAAGGAGGGCCAUGCAUCGAUUAUGAAACGCGGGUUCUCUGCGGACGUCAUCGUGCAGACGAAUAUGCUCCGUGCUUAUGCAGGAAAUUCUUUAAUACAGUGUUGCCGCGAACUGUUCGACGAAAUGCCUCGGGGAGACGUCGUUUGCUGGAAUGCCAUGCUGGCUUGCUGUUCACAGGCUGGGCUUCACGAGGAAACAUUGCAGACUUACGCAGAGAUGCUGGAUGCUGGAGUUGCUAUCGAUGAAUUCACACUAGUCAGCUUGCUUUCUUCAUGUGCCCAUGUUGGUGCUUUGGAGCUUGGUGAGCAGAUUGAUUGGUUUGCUCGAAGAAAUGGGUUUCUUGAUAACAUUUAUAUUGGUAAUGCCUUGAUCGACAUGUAUGCAAAAUGUGGGUGCAUUGAAGGAGCUAGCCAUGUUUUGGAAGGCAUGCAGCACCGGGAUGCCUAUACAUGGAAUACACUGAUUGUUGGUUUGGGUACCCAUGGCUGUGGUGACAAGGCGAUUGCAGUUUUUCAGCAGAUGCGUGCUGCUGGAUUCAAACCUAAUUCCAUUACCUUCCUUGGGGUGUUUUGUGGAUGCAGCCACCAAGGUCUAGUUAAGGAAGGGGAAGAGUACUUCAUGAGAAUGAGCACUGAAUUUUGUUUGCAACCUGAUAUUAAGCAUUAUGGGUGUAUGGUGGAUCUCUAUGGCCGUGCAGGCGAACUUCAAAAGGCAUUUGAGAUGGCUUAA